ACAGUAACAGCUGUCCCACCACCUCAGAGACCAUGGAUACCAUUGGCUAGACCAAAUAAAAAUAGACCUGCAUGUAUUUUCACUGUAAUGUGUUAUAACGUUUUAUGUGACAAAUAUGCAACAAGGCAAAUGUACGGUUAUUGCCCUAGUUGGGCUCUAGGAUGGGAGUAUAGAAAAAAAGCAAUCUUGGACGAAAUUCGCCACUAUUCAGCGGAUAUAAUAAGCCUUCAAGAAAUUGAAACUGACCAAUUUUAUAAUUUUUUCAAACCCGAACUUAAAAAUGAUGGUUAUGAAGGCAUAUUCUCACCGAAAUCUAGAGCUAAAACAAUGUCUGAAAAUGAAAGAAAAUAUGUAGACGGCUGUGCGAUAUUUUAUAGAGCUUCUAAGUUUACAUUAAUGAAAGAACAUUUAAUUGAAUUUAAUCAGUUAGCUAUGGCAAAUGCAGAAGGCUCCGACAAUAUGUUAAAUCGCGUUAUGCCAAAAGAUAAUAUUGGUUUGGCUGCAUUAUUAAAAGUUAAAGAAAAUGCAUGGGAACCAAUGACACCGGAAGUAACACAAAAUUCUCAACCAUUAUUAGUUUGUACAGCACAUAUACAUUGGGAUCCAGAAUUUUGUGAUGUUAAAUUGAUACAAACCAUGAUGCUAUCAAAUGAAUUAAAAACAAUUGUUGAUGAAGCAUCACAUAGCUUUCGUCCUGGUCAUAAAUCAGAUCCAAAUAGUGUUCAAUUAUUAUUAUGUGGUGAUUUUAAUUCAUUACCAGAUUCUGGUGUUAUUGAAUUUUUAAGUUCCGGACGUGUUAAUAUGGAUCAUGGUGAUUUUAAAGAACUUGGUUAUAAAGUAUGCUUACAGCGUUUACUAUCAAAUGAUACAAAUGAGUUUACGCAUUCCUUUAAAUUAGCAUCAGCCUAUAGUGAAGAUAUAAUGCCAUAUACAAAUUAUACAUUCGAUUUUAAAGGAAUUAUCGAUUAUAUAUUUUAUACAAAAACUGGUAUGGUACCAUUAGGCUUAUUAGGCCCAAUAUCAAAUGACUGGUUACGUGAAAAUAAAAUUGUUGGCUGCCCACAUCCUCAUAUACCAUCCGAUCAUUUUCCAUUAUUAGUGGAAUUAGAAUUAAUGCAUACAGCUAGCCAACAAACACCAAAUGGUUUAAUAAAUAGACGGUAGCAUUAAAAAUUUUAGGACAAAUUCUCACCUCUGAAACAAAAUUAUAUAAUAAAUAAUAUGAAACAUAAAAAAAAAAUGAAAAAAAAAAAUUGAGAUUUAUAAAAAAUGCUAAAAAAAAAAAUUAUUAUAAAAAAAAAAUACGAUUUAAUUAAGAAAUAAAAAAUAGAAUGAAAACAAUAGAGUAGAAAAAAAAAUAGAAAAAAUAAAAAUUAACACACGCAUAAACACAAACAUUUUUUUUAAUACGUAAGUCCAAAAAAAAAAAAUCAUUACAAAAAAUAAUAAAAUUUAAAAAAGAAAAUAACGACGAAAUUAUAUAGAGAGAAAAAAAUCAACAUUAAACUAAAUAAGUAAAAUUUAAAGUUUAAGUAAUUAAAAAGCAAAAAUUAAAAAAAAAGAAAAACAAAAAUCUUUCAUUAUGUAAUAAAAAAUAAUAAUUUACAGAUUAAGAAUAAAUUUAGC